AUGACAGCCUUUUCGUUCACAGCGAUCCCGAUCCUUGUUCUUGUCCUCGUGGUGCGAUAUCACACGGCACUACUCGAGUGGCUUUCGAAACGGCAAAAGUCCCCCAAAGAUGGAAGGGCUAACAGCCCAUCGUCGGAUCUCAAGCGCAUGGCGCCAUACCCAGCACAGCCCAUCAAAGGCCGGGCGCGGUACAGAGUCAUGAUGGAUAUCCGCAAGCUCGACGUCCAGAACUGGCUUACCAUUGAUAAGAACUACAUGGAUGAGCACCGCGUGCGCGGUCAGCUGCUCCUUGAAAAGAAAAAGCAGGUACUCCAAUGUCUGCCUGGGUCCUUGGAGGCUUGCCAGGAAGCGCUGGAAGAAGUCUGCGACUUCUUAUGCGAACGGUUUCCCAGUAGGUUCGAGAAAUUCGGACGUGGAAAUGACAGCUGGAUCCAAAAUCAUCUGACGGGCGAGAAAUUCUCCCUCGAUGCACAAGACCAUCAGAAUGCACUGGAGACCGCAGUCCGGCUCACUAUGGAAGAUCUCAGUAUUCUUAUGACAAACGAAGACGACGAAUAUUACCUAGCAGCCAGUGCGACACUCUUCCCCGUAGGCUGGACGGUGGAAGAACGUAUUGGAUGGACGAUUUCCCGUCUUCACAAUCCUGUACCAUUGUGGCAUCAACAAGUCGCCAACUCCGUGAGCAAAUUCCUCACCCGUCUAACCCCGUCGUCCCCAAUGGAACGCUCCAACUAUUUCAUCGAGGUCAAACGGCGCGACGAGAACUUGUCUGAUAUUCUCUAUCGACCCAGCGUACUUUGCGAAAAAGAGCUAAACGACCCAUCGCCUUCGGAGAUUCUCAUUCGUCGUGAGAGGCAAACCUUUCGCCGCCUGCCGCGGACUGGGGCUCUUGUCUUCGGAGUAAAGACAUAUCUCACUGCGCUAGACGAGCUUCCGAAUCAGGAGCUGCAGAAUCUGGCCAAAGAGAUGAAGAGCUGGCCAGACUAUGUGGGUGAGUAUAAGGGGAGAGAUGUUUGGGGAGCCAAGGUGCUUCAGUUUUGUGAGAAGAAGGGGCUGUUCAAUCAGCGAGACGAAAAGAAGCCGGAACUUUGA